AAAUGCAUUGGCACUCAUGGCCCUUGUUUUGACUUUGCGUCUUGUAGGACUUCAUCUCUCCGCACCUCAAAAUGUUCACAGACGAGGACUUCGGGGCGCACGGGGCGCACAUCGACCUCACCGUCCCCGUGCCCAGCAUGGAGCUGACAGGCUACGGCCUGCGGACCAAGAGCGUCCACGUGGUGGACGGCGUGUGGGUGGUGUUUGAGGAGCCAGACUUCUGCGGGGAGGCGUACGUGCUGGAGAAGGGUCUGUACGGGAACCCGGAGGACUGGGGCGCCAUGCAGCCGCUGGUCGCCUCGGUGAUGCCCAUCGUGCUGGACAACUUGGGAAACUCUGCCAAAUUCAAGGUGCAUUUGUUCUCCAAGGAGGACUUCCAGGGCUCGGAGGCGGUUCUGGAGGACAGCGCCGAGGAGCUGCAGCCGGGGUUCGCCGUGGCGUCCUGCAGGGUGCUGGCGGGCAGCUGGCUGGCCUUCGAGGGGGCUGGCUUCAGCAGCAGGAUGUACGUGCUGGAGGUGGGCAGCUAUGCGGACCGGAGGGCGAUGGGCUGUGUGGACACCCACGCCAACAUCCUGUCACUGCAGACCGCCGGCUUUGAGUUCUCCCUGCCGUCGGUCACGCUGUUCGAGCGUGCGGGCCUGCGGGGGAAGAGGGCCAUGCUGACGGCCGGCUCCGUCAACCUCCAGCUGGCCGGAGCCUUCAGCCGCGUGCAGUCGGUCCUGGUGGAGGGGGGCAUGUGGGUGCUGUACAAGGAAAUCAGCUACAGAGGAGACCAGAUUCUGCUCAGGCCAGGGGAGGUCCCCGAUUGGCGCGGCUACAGCAGCUGGCACAAUAUCGGGUCCCUUCGGCCGCUAGUCCAGAAGCAGGUGUACAUCCGUCUGAGGAACCGCGGCUCGGGGCUGCUGAUGGGGGUGACCGGGGAGCUGGAGGACCUGAAGCUGAUGAGGGUCCAGGAGACGGAGGAGACGGGCGGGGUGGAGCAGGUCUGGGUCUACCAGGACGGACGCCUCCGCUGCAAGCUCCUGGAGGAGUGCUGUCUGAGUCCGAGCGGCACCAUGACGAUGGCGGGGAGCCGCCUGGGCCUGUCCCCGGAGCCCGAGGGCCUGCAGCACCUCUGGAGCAUCAGCCCCGACGGCGAGAUCCACCACGUGGGGCCCGCGGGCCUGCUGCUGGACGUCAAAGGGGGGCAUAACUACGACAAAAACCAAGUGAUUCUCAGCACCUUCGACCCGAAUAAGCCGACCCAACAGUGGGAUGUGGAGAUUGUAUGAAAGACUUUUGAGCUACAGGAUUGACCCCGGAUGUCCUGUGUGAAGCUCCGCCCUCCGUGCUGUGGGGCGCAGAAGCAGGAGGGACCCCGUCAGUUCUGAGACCAGGGGCCACACCAGGAGUACGACUGCCUUUAGCUGCUGGACUAUGAAGCAAGCGGGGAUUAUGGGAAAUGUGGUUACAACUACGAAGCAAGCAAUGAAGCAGGACCAAGGAAUCAGACUAUGGACUCUUCUUGCAUCAGUACUUGAGAUAUAUUUUCAGUAGGUCUGCUUUUAUCAUUGAGUAUCUCAGUUUUAUGGUUCUAUAUUUUUCAUGAAUAGUCAGUUUGGAUUCUUUGAUAAACAAUAUAAUUUUCUUUGGACCUUUUUUCAAUACAUACAGUAUUUAACUUCAUCAGCGUGCCUUACAUCCCUGAAGCAAUAAAAAAAACGGCCUUUUCUUGAAAA